UCGAGAUACAAAAAAAAGUUAACAUGAAUUUGCCUUUUGGAUGCAGGGGUUUUGUUUUUAUCAGACUUGUAAUUGCUGAAGUGAAGUCUUGAAGGUUAGAGCGUUAGAGGGUGUUUCAUGAUUCUGGGAGUGCUAUGUCAUAGUAUUCCAGCAUUGGACUUGAAUGAGGAAUUGAUUUCUUAAGGAUAAAUUUUCUCCAAGUAGUGGUCCAAGAAGAGAGUGGUGUUCAAGUUCUUUCGAAUUGGGGAUCUUUGAGUGGCUUGACAUGGCGGAGAAAUUUUUUCUGAAGGGAGAGGAUAAGGUUAAUAUGGAGGGGGUAUUAGGCAGCGAAGCAGUAGAAUUUUUCUCUUGGUCAGCUUCAAAUCACAUGCUGACAGAAUUUACUUCAUCAAGGGGGGAUUUGGGAGUGCAGCAGGCGCUCUGCAAGAUUGUUGAGGGGUCUGAUUGGACUUAUGCAAUCUAUUGGCAAGUUGCAAAGUCGAAAUCAGGAAAAUCAGCUUUAAUAUGGGGCGAUGGACAUUGCAGAGAAGCAAAGAUAGGGCAAGGUGAAGGUGGAAAUGAUUCCGCGCAUCAGAAAAUGAUGGACGGAAACAAGAAAAAAAUGGUUCUUCAAAAGAUACACACUUGCUUUGGAGGGUCAGAAGACGAUAAUAUUGCUGCCAAGUUGGAAUCUGUUUCGGACGUGGAGGUGUUUUAUCUCACAUCAAUGUAUUAUAUCUUCCCAUUUGAUAAGCCUUCUAGUCCUUCUCAAUCAUUUAAUUCUGCUAGAUCAAUAUGGGGUUCUGAUUUAAAAGGUUGCUUAGAACAUUUCCAAUCAAGAUCUUAUCUAGCAAAGUUGGCUCGAUUCGAGACACUAGUGUUUGUUCCGCUGAAAUCAGGGGUUGUGGAGCUUGGUUCUGUGAAGUCUAUUCCGGAAGAUCAGAAUUUGAUUCAGAUGGUGAAAACAUCGGUGGUGGUAUCUAAUCCUCCGCAGCCCAAAGCAAUUCCAAAGAUAUUUGGUCGGGAACUCAGUCUAGGUGGUGCUAAGUCAGGUCCCAUCAGCAUAAAUUUUUCUCCGAAGAUGGAAGAAGAGCUGAGUUUUGCUUCAGAUUCUUACGAAGUACAAGCAGCACUAGGUAGUUCUCAGGUUUAUGGGAACUCAUCAAAUGGGUAUCGAAGUGAUGAAGGUGAAGGGAAACUUUACAAGGAAGAGUUAGAUGAACGGAAACCAAGAAAGAGGGGCAGAAAGCCUGCCAAUGGGAGGGAAGAAGCAUUGAAUCAUGUUGAAGCAGAGAGGCAAAGGCGUGAGAAGCUUAACCAGAGGUUUUAUGCUUUAAGAGCAGUUGUUCCAAAUAUCUCAAAGAUGGAUAAAGCAUCGCUGCUUGGAGAUGCAAUUGCUUAUAUCACGGAUCUCCAGGCAAAAAUUAGGGUUUUAGAUGCUGAGAAGGAGAUGGUAGGCGACAAGCAAAAGCAGCAGGUUAUCCCGGAGAUUGAUUUUCAUCAAAGACAAGAUGAUGCAGUUGUAAGAGUAGGCUGCCCUUUGAAUGCUCACCCUGUUUCUAGAGUUUUGAAGACAUUUCAGGAACAUCAAGUAGUGCCACAAGAAUCCAAUGUCUCAUUAACAGAAAACGGCGAACUUGUACACACAUUCUCUAUACGAGCUCCUGGCCCUGCUGCUGAGGAUUUGAAGGAAAAGUUGACAGCUGCUCUGUCUAAAUGAUUUAGGUGUUCAGAGAAUAAGGUCUAAUCAUGCAAUGUAUGUUGAUUGUAGUUAAAUGCUAGCAGUUUCGCUUUAAAGACCCGUUGAUCAGUAUCACAGUGGUCAGAUUGUUAUGCUUUGCUCGAUUAUUCGUGUAUGAGCAUCAAUGUCUAGCUGGUAAGUUUGCAUUAUAUUUUGUUGACUAUAUAAUCUAUAUGUAAGUUUUGGCCGAGAAUGGUAUCUGCUUUUAGAAUUAGAAUGAAAACCUGCAGCUGCUCAACA